AUCACACAGCAUUGAAUGCACACUGCAUGCAUGAUAUGUGAAUGCCGAGUGCAUCGUCUGUGUACAUUUUCACUGCUGGGUUUGCGCGAGGUGUAUGUGUAUUUUGCAUGCAUGAGUCACAGUCCGACGGGCUUAGCACACGUUCGAAUGCCGAACAAUCCCCAGAUAUUCCAAGGUUUUUAGUUUACACCAAACUACAAAUUGUAUACAUGAACCGAAGACUCCACUAGAAUAUCGUUGUUUAAGUUUUCAGAUGUACGUGUAUUCAACAGAUACAGUUUCCAGCCUUUCUAAAGGAGCUUCCACUAAGGGCCGUGUGUAGACUUUGAUUAAUUUGGGUAAUAGUGCAGACAAUUAAGCACAAUGUCCAUGGCCAGUCUCUUCUCCUUUACCAGCCCAGUGGUGAAAAGACUCCUGGGAUGGAAACAGGGCGACGAGGAGGAAAAAUGGGCAGAGAAAGCUGUUGACUCUCUGGUCAAAAAGCUCAAGAAAAAGAAGGGUGCUAUGGAGGACUUGGAAAAGGCACUAUCUCGUCCUGGAGAAGUCAGCAAAUGUGUCACAAUACCUCGGUCUCUGGAUGGCAGGUUACAAGUCUCGCACAGGAAAGGGCUCCCUCAUGUUAUUUAUUGUCGUGUUUGGCGGUGGCCGGACCUCCAAAGUCACCACGAGCUGAAAGCGUUGGAUGUCUGCGAAUAUGCAUUCGGCAAGAAACAGAAAGAAGUCUGCAUCAAUCCAUACCACUACAAGAGAGUAGAGAGUCCAGUUCUUCCACCGGUCUUAGUUCCACGUCACAGUGAGUCGGUUCCAUCCCACAGUUUGUUGCCGUAUCGCAGCCUUCCGGAUCCACCCUAUCCUCACAAUGCCACCUACCCGCAGAGCUUUCAGCAAGGCAACCAGGGACUGUCCCCUCAUCACCCAGGCUCACCAGGAGGACCUCAGUUAUCUCCCGCCAGUUCUAGCCCUAGCAGUCCAUAUGGUGUUCCUGCUGAUACACCACCACCAGCAUACAUGUCCUCUGACGAUGGAAACACUAAUGAUGGAACACCUAUGGAUACAACAUCAUCACAGCCUUCAAAGAUCAACAUCAACUUAUCAGAUGUACAGCCAGUGACGUACACAGAGCCCCAGUGUUGGUGCUCAGUGGCAUACUAUGAACUCAACAACCGUGUGGGGGAGCCCUUCCAUGCUUCUAGCACCAGUGUAAUUGUAGAUGGCUUCACGGACCCCUCCAGUAAGACAGAUCGAUUCUGUCUUGGCUUGUUGUCCAAUGUCAACAGGAAUUCCACCAUUGAGAACACAAGGAGACACAUAAGCAAAGGUGUCCAUCUGUACUAUGUGGGUGGUGAGGUGUAUGCAGAAUGUCUGAGUGACAGCAGCAUCUUUGUGCAGAGUCGUAACUGCAAUUACCGCCACGGAUUCCAUCCGACCACAGUCUGCAAGAUCCCGCCAGGAUGCAGCCUGAAAAUCUUCAACAAUCAAGAGUUUGCCGCUCUACUCUCCCAGUCCGUCAACCACGGCUUUGAAGCGGUCUACGAGUUGACUAAGAUGUGUACCAUCCGUAUGAGCUUUGUUAAGGGAUGGGGAGCUGAGUAUCACCGCCAGGAUGUAACCAGCACACCAUGUUGGAUUGAGAUUCAUUUGAAUGGCCCGUUACAAUGGCUGGAUAAAGUCCUAACACAGAUGGGUUCACCACAUAAUGCCAUUUCCUCUGUAUCAUGAUCACCUGUAGUUCCCAUGGAGAACAGGGUGUCUGGUACAGUAUCUAUUAUACAAAGAGGGAUGGGUUAAGGUUGUACUUCAGGUAGUAGCUUACUAUAACAGAUUCAUUGCAAACUGUAAAUAAUACAAAAAAUGUGUGCUCUCUAUGCAUGCAAAAUAUAGUUUGCAAAUUUUGAAUGUGGAGAAAAACCAAUAUCUUGACCAUAACUCAAACCGAAAAUAAUUGGAAAAAACUUUUAGUGAGGUACGUUUUCCCACAAUGAGUAACUGCAUCUACAAUUGAUGUGUAAUAGAAUAUUCCCUGAGUGAAUUUCUGCUGUAAUCACGUACCUAAUUUAAGCCAAUAAUCGUACAGACCAUUUUUUAAUCGUACGGCAAGACACAUUUUUUCUGCUUAAACCAAAGAAGUAUUGUUUUUAGAUGAUGACAGCUUUGGUUAUUGUAAAUUGUCAAAAGCUUUACCAAAGUCAAUCAAAUGAUACAAAGACCGAGAGCACAUGUUUGAGUAGAAAGCCACUACACACUAAAAAAAUUAAAACUAGCCAAGAAAAGUUUCUCACUUUUUCCUUAACAAAAAUAUUUUCACGAUAAGAAAUCACAAUUUUUUGUAACUUGCUGCCGACCUUGGUAUUAGUAAUUACAAUAAUAUUCAUACCUGUGAUAGACAUGCACAACCUACAUGUAUCUACAUUUAAUAUGGACCGUUCCGGCUUUCCACUAAGCUCCGCCCACCGCGCAGGUGAG